GCGGGCGCUGGCGCGGGCGCGGGGCGGCCGCCGCCCCCGGAGGACAACAUCAACGUGGCGGUGCGCGUGCGGCCGCUGAGCUCGCGCGAGCUGCGCCUGGGCGACGACAGCGUCGUGCAGUUCCCGGGCAACGGGCAGAUCGUCCUGGACCCCACGGAGGCCGGGCAGCGCGCGCGCGUCUUCUCCUACAACGUGGUGUUCGAGCCGGGCGCCACGCAGGAGGACGUCCUGCAGUUCAGCGGCGUGAAGCGCCUACUCGCCAUGGCCGUGGACGGCUUCAGCUGCACCUGCUUCUGCUACGGCCAGACCGGCAGCGGCAAGACGCACACGCUCACCGGCCCGCCAGGCCUGUUCGAACGCGGGCCGGCGCCGCCUGACGCCGAACAGCACGGCCUGGUAGUGCGGGCCUUCGUUCACCUGUUCGAGCUGCUCCGUCAGCGCCCCGAGUGCCACUUCGUGCUCAAGGCGUCCUUCCUCGAGAUCUACAAUGAAAAGGUGAUCGACCUGUUGAACCCGGGCUCCGCGCGGAAGCCGCUGGCCGUGCGCUGGUCCAAACGCCUGCGCGGCUUCUUCGUGGAGAACCUCUUCACCGUCGACUGCGAGGAGCUCGACGACCUGCUCGCCGUCCUCGAGGAAGGGAUGCGCAACCGGUCGGUGGGUCGGCAUAGCAUGAACGAGCACUCGAGCCGCAGCCACACCAUCCUCACGGUGCACAUCACGGCGGAGCAGCAGGUGGGCGAGGGCGAGCAGACGUGCUUCGUGUCGCGACAGGGCAAGCUCAACUUCGUCGACCUGGCGGGCAGCGAGAUGACCAAGAAGACGCACUCGGAGGGCAAGACGCUCGAGGAGGCCAACAACAUCAACAAGAGUCUCAUGGUUCUCGGUUACUGCAUCGCCUCGCUCAGCGACGCCAAGAAGAAGACCGGCCACAUCCCGUACCGCGACAGCAAGCUCACCAAACUGUUGGCCGACAGCCUCGCAGGCAACGGCGUCACACUCAUGUUACGCCACAAAGUAUGGUUAGGUUACUGCCAUCGCUCGCUAGCAUCGCAAGAAGAAGACCGGCACUCCCUGUACCGGGAACAGGAAGCUCACCAAACUGUUUGGGCCGACAGCUCGCAGGCAAACGGCGUAACACUCAUGAUCGCGUGCAUCUCGCCCGCGCGCUCCAACGCCAGCGAGACGGUGAACACGCUGCGCUACGCGGCGCGCGCCAAGCGCAUCCGCACCAAGCCCGUCGUCGUCAUGGUGAGUCAUGGCUGCAGCGUGCUCCAGAAAAAACAUCAAAUUCGUCGAAAAAAAUAG